AUGAGCAUCGUAUCUGAGCACGGUUUUCGUCUUGAUGGACGACGUCCUCAGCAAAUCCGUAAUAUAAGUGCUUCUCUUGGAACAAUUCGGGAUGCAGAGGGAUCGGCGUAUUUUGAGCAAGGAGGAACUAAGGUGGUCCUCUGCGCAGUUUAUGGGCCUUAUGAGGGCAAAAAGUCAAAGCAGUUGGAGGAUCGCUGUGUCAUCAAUUGUGUGUUUAGUAUGACACGAUUUGCUGGCGUAGAACGCAGGCAGCGGGUUCGAGCCGAUCGCAAAUCAAUGGAAAUUGAACGGCUCAUUGAGAAGACUUUCGAGGGAGCUGUGCUUGUUCAUCUGUUUCCUACCUCACAAAUCGAUAUUUUUUGUCAGAUUAUCCAAAGCGAUGGGUCUCAUCUUGCCGCCUGCGUCAAUGCCGCCUCCUUAGCUAUGUCAGAUGCUGGAAUACCUAUGAAGGGUCUUGUAGCUGCUUCAACAUGCAGCAUAGUUGAUGGGCAGCCUGUUGUAGACAUCAAUCAGAGGGAAGAAACUGAUCUGCUUCCGCGAUUAACUCUUGCCACUCUUCGCGGUGAGGAUGAGGUUGUUUUGGUUGAGUUACAGAAUCGAGUUCAUGUUGAUCAAUUGCCGGCCCUUUUGGCUGCAGCAAAAGACACAUGCAAAGGAGUUCAUGAAUGCAUUUGUGCAGCCAUUGUUGAUGAGCUAGACAAAAGAGCAUUUUUCUUACGUUAA